AUGGCCACGGGCGAGCUGACGGAGCUGGAAACGGCCAUUGAGAAGAUCGUCACCGUCUUCUUCGCCUACGCGGGGAAGGAGGGCAAGAAAGGCACGCUGACGGCCGGCGAGUUCAAGGAGCUGGUCCAGAUCCAGCUGCCCAACCUGAUGAAG